GCGCAAACUACACACUGGUUAUACAUGAAAAUGGCGUCGGCAUUUCAACUCCAUGUGACUUUUGGAGUCAUCAUUUUUGCUACGUUUUCAUUACAUUUUUCAUCAUGUACUGGACACAAACUGAAUGUUCCCAGGAUAAUGCUUCCUUACUAUGCAGCGACACCAAUCAAUUUUACCCUUGAAGGCAGCCAAGGCUGCUACACAUGGCGUUCCUUGAGAGCUGAUGUGGCUUCUGUUCAACCCAUUGAUCAGGAUAGCGGAAGUGGAUGUGCCCAGAGAGCCCUUGUUACUGCAUUGUCCGCUCAUCCAACACAGCGAACGAGUGUGGUGUUUGCAGAGGAAUUAGGAAGUGGACAAGUAAUCAGAUGUGAUGUCAUCGUUGAUCAAAUUGAUCUGAUUGAUAUAACUACUACAACACGGAUCCUCUAUUUGGGGGACUCUCCUGAGGAGUUUGAAGUCAGAGCUCUGGACGAUGAAGGUAAUACCUUCAGCACUCUGGAAGGAUUGGAGUUUGAGUGGACUCUCCUAUCAGAUUAUGAGGCAGAUAAUGCUGUGGACGCCAAGAGCAUUCUAAGGAUUGUUCAGUUCAAAGACUUGCCGUAUGACCCUCCUGCUCAUAUCACCUCUAUGGAGGCUGGAGGCAAGCAGGGAGACAGGAUCCUCAUUGAAGGGUUGAGGGCUGGGUCAGCCAAGGUCGGGGUCAAGAUCAAAUCAGCUGGAUUCAAGGAUGUAAAGCAGAGCGUUGUCCGUCUCAUAGUCAUAGAUCAUCUCACCCUGAAUCCAUCUCAAGAUAUCUACAUCCUGGUACAUGCCUACAUCUACUACACUGUGGAGAAAAUCAGACAGGGAAAGACCACAAUUGUAACCAUGCCAUCGACCCAGUAUCGCCUUGCUCUUGGAAACUCAUCAGUUGGAUCACUUACUGAGAGCAAUUCAAUGGUGACCGGUCUGGCUCUGGGACACACACAGAUCAUGCUUCAGGAUAGGAAUUUUAAAGAUUUCAAGGGAUUUAAGGACAGUCUACCAUCAGCAGACAUCUAUGUUAUAGAACCAGCGUACUUAGGAUUUGUAAUUGUACCUGGUGGGAACUGGGUGUUGGAGACUGGCCUCUAUUAUGAGAUAACUAUUGAUGUCUAUGAUAGAGAGAGUCACAAGAUGUUCCCUUCAGAUAUACCUAAUAUCCGCAUUGAUACAGUAUUCCCUGAAGCCUACUUCCAAGUGAUCCGAUCCAGCGAGAAUGGUUCAUACCAUUAUGUAAGGACUCUACAGAGUGGUAUCACUGAGAUCAAUGCAGCACUUGUAGCAAUGAUUAAACCAGAUGGUGAACGAGCAGAGUUUGAGGUCCCCAUCAAGGAGUCCCAGGAGGCUGAAAUCUUUGACCCUAUCCUCGUCAGACCAGAAUACAUUGCCUUUGCUUACCAACCUGGUCAACCAGGCUACCAAUAUCCUCUCAAGGCAACUGGUGGUACUGGAAGCUAUGUUUGGUCAUCAUCCCAACGUGUUACAGGAACCGUCAACGUCCAUGGACUUGUUACGACAGGAGACACCACAGGAAUGACCAACGUCACAGCUGCAGACAACCGUAAUCUAGCACACUUUGGCCGGAGCAGGGUUUAUCUGUUGCCGCCCACCAAGAUGAUCUUUCUUGAUUCUCGUGUUGAGGCAGAAGUAGGUUCCAUUCUUCACUUGCCACUGGCAAUGGAAGCGUACUAUGAAGCUGGAAAAGAAAGGGUGAUGUUGACUCACUGUGGGUCUCUUCCUCUCAGUACCGACGUUGCUGAUCAAAGCAUCUUCCAGAAAACCGAACCUGGUGAGAAGUUUGAGGUAGUAGCUGACUCCUGUACCACUCUCCAUGUGAAAGCUAUGUCAGUAGGUCACACCCAAGUUAGCGUGAUCCUUAAACAAGGCGGUGUCAAGCUGCAGGCAUCUGUCACCAUCGCUGCCUUUGCACCCCUACAGCCCCUUGAUCCAGACAGCAUUGCCAUUGUUGCCCUAGCUUCAUCUAAGACUCUGGUCCUGACAGGAGGACCCCAGCCUUGGGUCCUGGACCCGUCACGUUACUACCAGAACCUGGAGGCAGAGGAACAGGACUGGGUCAAAUCCAACCAUGUCAGAGGUUAUGGCGCAACAAAGAACUACCAUGUCUUCCAAGUAUUGUGCCGUCAUCUUGGAGAGCAGACUUUGACCGUCAAUGUUGGUAAUGAUCCUACUGCGCGCAACAAGUUCCCUGCUAGGUCCUCGGCUACUGUCAGAUAUUUAUGUACUCAGCCUGUUAGCCUUCAGUUGAUACCAGUGGUACAGCAGCCAGAUCUAGAGGUACCCUGUCCCAUCGCACUGGAUUCAAACAAUCGGAUUCCUGUUAUGAAUGGACAGGAUGUGGAGAUCUUAGUGAAUGCUGUAGACAGCCAUGGACGUCUCUUUCAUAACUUCUCUUCGUUAGUUGUGUCAUGGACCAGCACUGAUCAUAACCUAGCCUCUUACUACAAGCCACAGACAUCAUACAGUGAUGAGGAUGGUAGCUUCCCGGGAUCUAAAUCACUCAAAGCCUUUGAGGUUACAACGUUGAAACAUCAACAGGGUUCUGUGACACUGACAGCAACCACCACUGCCUAUGAUACUGGGCUCUUUAGAAAGCACUCUGUUGCUAUUCCGAGUCAAGUACCUGGUGUGAGUGCAUCUCUUGAGUUGGGUUUGGUAAUGGAAGCCAGCAUAGAUCCAAACAGACUAUCUCUCUUCAAUCAUCCUUCAAAUCAAGCAUCAUUGAAUCUCCAAGGAGGUUCUGGUCACUUUCAGAUCCGUCCUAACAUCGCUGGGCUGGCGGAGUUGAGAUAUGAUGAGAAGAAAAAACAGAUCGAGGUUACCCCCCUACGAGAUGGCAACCUGGUCAUCACUGCCUAUGACCUUUGCAUUGCCACUAACCAGCAUGCUACAGCACAGAUACACAUGGCUGGUGUGCAUACCAUUGACCUCAAGGUUGUUGACAAGGUACAAGUUGAUCAUGAGAUCCGCGCUGCAGUCCAGGUACUAGACUCCACUGAACAGCCACUUUCUGUGUCGUACUUUCCUCUAAUGAAGCUUGAACCUGUGCCAGGGUCCAACAUUGUCACACUGAGACCUGACAUGGAGAGCUCUGGUAGGGAUCCACACACAGCAUACUACACAGUACAUGGAGCUAGUAUUGGUUUCACUACCCUUGCCUUCACAGCCAUGUCAAAGAGUGGUCAUACCGUAUCAAGCAAACUCAGAGAUAUUCAGGUGUUUCCCCCUCUCAAGUUGACACCCAGAAACAUCACACUCAUUGUCACGUCAUUGUUCCAAGUAAGAAGUACUGGAGGACCACAGCCCCAGAGCCAGAUCGAGUACGUGGUACAGAGCUCUAACAUUGCUAAGAUCAACAGCAGCGGUAUCUUGCAUGCCUUGAACCUUGGUCAUACCAGGGUUACAGGCAGAGCAGUGGGAUAUGACCAGGAGGCAGGCUCUAAUGUGGUUUAUUCAGAGGAUAUCAUUGAUGUCUACGUGAUCGAGCUGAACGGUAUACGAAUCCAUGCUCCUCUCCAUCGCCUGGAGUCAGACACCAUCAUGCCUGUGUAUGCCAUGGGACUAGGGGAAUCAGAGACUCCGUUCACGUUUGGUGAUGCCAUCGAUGGCCUUCAGUUUGAGUGGAGUGUGAGCAACGAUGAUGUUAUAGAGGUGGAACCUGUGUUUGCUGAGGAUGGUAUCUACAGUGGAGCAGAGCACAACAUUGCCAUGCGAGUGAGAACCCUGAAUCCCGGUGAAGCCUCUCUGAGACUACAGGUAUCCCUGCUUCAACCAGGACGUAGACAGAUCUACAGGGAUCAGACUCUCAUGGAUGAAAUACAGAUCCAGGUAUUUGAGAGACUAGAGCUGAUGCAGCCUAACUGUCCAUGUCACAGCAGACUUCUAAUGACACCUAAUACACAGGCACCAAUCAAAACCAACAGAGAUGGGUCAGCCAGGAUGUCCUAUCGCAUCUUGACCACCUCCUGGGAUGACUUCUUGAGCGUGAACCAGAUGGGCUUGGUCAGAGCUGGGCCCAAGGGAGGUCAAGCGUCUGUAGAGGUCACCGCAUUUGAGAGCUUCGGAGUGAACCAGACGACAGUUGUUCAUGUCUCGAUCAAGCCUGUAUCCUACAUAGCUGUGCAUUCCACCACCGGUCUUACCACAUUUGACAAGAGUCUGCAAGUGUUUCCCAUCGGCGUGUCACCUUCCUUUGUCGUUCAUUUCUAUGACAACAUUGGUGAGAGAUUUGAUGCCACCAAUGUGAAACUGGACUACAGGCUACACAGAUUUGACCGUCUUCAGUUGCAGUCAGGACCAGAUAAUAGUACAUUGAUUGGUAGAUCAGCACACAUUGGAAUCACUAUUCUCAAGGUAUGGGACAGUGAGAGUCCCUGGAUUGACGAUUACGUUGGCAUCCCCGUAGGCAGUGUGGUACAGCCCGACCAAGGCCUGGUUGUGGGUGAUAUUAUAUGUCUGAGAUCACCUCUACUUUCAUCAGAGGGUCAAAGUGGGUCUUGGAGCUCAUCUGAAAGCAGCAUUCUUAAAGUUCAUAGGUCAAGUGGUGUUGCCAUGGCAUUGACCCCUGGUGCUGUGACUUUGACCCAGCAGCUGACUCCCAACCUUGCCACCACAGCUCAGGUAUCUGUUGGCACUAUUCUUAGAAUCACGCUAGAAGGAAAUGAUGUUACUACUCUAUCAACUGUGGCCAAAGAGGGCAGCAUUCGCAUUCCUGUCAAGCUGAAUGGUGUUUCUAGUAUCCAAGGUGAGAACUGUUCCUUUGAGAAGCAUGCUUGGAUCUUUGAGACAGUGACUCCGCCCUUCCAAUGCACCCUCCAGUUUGCUGACAGGAACUCUCCUGUAACCCCAUCUGAGCUCUUCCAAGUCUCUGCAGGCUAUGAUGCAAGCCAAGGUCUGUAUUACUGCUCCAUCAGUCAGUUGAAGACGAGACACACCCCGACCUUCCUCAGCACCAUGGAUACGACCCUAACACUGACCGCUCGUCUGCUCAGCAUCCCUAAUCAACGUCAGGUCAUCUCGGAGCCACUCUCCUUCAAGUUCCUCCCAGCCUACUCCGUCCCACAGUCUGGGAUCACCCUGACGCUAGCCACCCGUAGAGAGGAUAUCUCGGUAGAGGGAAUACCAGCAGUCAUUGACAACUUACAGGCCUCUACCAAUGACACCGACAUCAUCGCACUGGGCAAGCCAACCUUCAUGGGUAGAACCCUCAAGAAGUUCCCUGUGGCUCUUGUGGACUCUUCCAUCGUUCAGUAUGGACCCGCUAUCUUGCACACGACAGUGGAACUGUCCAAUACAGUCACAGGGCAGCGUACUGUGGUUCCUAUCAAGAUCAGUCUUGUUCCUGUUAAACUUACGAUUGCCAUGUCAGAAGAAGUCCCUGUGACAGGUUGGUCUAGUGUGCUUCACCUGUUUCUACAGCACUAUCAGACAUGGCUCUUCUUUCUGAUCUUCAUCCUGGCUGUAGCAGGAAUGGUGCUUAUAUGCUACCAUGUGUUCCUAGCUCCUCGCUACUACGUAGGAAGCUCUGGAUCAGGAGCAUUCCUUCAUAGCCCAUUACAUCGCUCACCGGCUCCACCGCCAUACUUUGAACAGUCCCCGGGUUUCACAGAGUACCAGCAGAGCCCAUACAGAUCUGAUUCAGUACGACAAAGAAGGGCGGGGAAAUCGCCCACCAAACUCUGGAGUACAGCUUAUAGUCCCCAGGAAGGCGCCAGUCCCCAAUAUUAAUGUCCCCCUCCCUGAGUACUUGAUACUAUAAUCAUGUAAGUCAAAUUGGAUAUCCCUGUCUUUCCAUACUUGCUACAGCAACAUUUUGUGCAUUCAUGUAUUAGACUUUGUUAGAUAAGACAUUUUGUAAUUUUGAGUAAAAUACUGUGAACUGAAGAUUUGUAUUAGACUUUGUUAGAUAAGACAAUUCGUAAUUUUGAGUGAAAUACUGCGAACUGAAGAUUUUUGUUUACUUUGUGACUAAAAUAUUCACCUAAGCUCUAUACGAUACAGAAUCAGAUUGUGUCUUAGUUGCUUUUGAUUUAAAAGGCUUUUCAAUGGCAUUAAUGUUUAACACAAUGUCUGAUCAGUGUACCAUCAUAGAGUUUUAUGCAACUGAAUUACUCAAUAUUUUGUUAAAGGCUAUCAGAAAAGGUGCUGUCUAUCAAAUAGAAAUCAUGUUGAUGUGGGUUGAUGUUUUCAAGGCAUAUGCCAACUUUUAAUGAAGACAUUUUUAAUAAGUACACUGUUUACACUUAAAAAGUGAUCAAUACAAAUGUUUUUAUUUUCCAAUCCCAAGAAAUUACUUUUUUUGAAUAAAUGACAAAUAUAUAUAUUUGUGUCUUUGCUUUUUCAUAAUUUGUAUGUUUACUAUAAUACUGAAAUGGUUGAGUCUUUAAGAAUAUAUUUUGUUGCAUUAAAAAAAACUUGAGGUUGUGUGGGUUGUCAUUAUUAGAAUAUGAACACAUGUUAGUACGAGUAUGAUCAUACCUUCAAACUUGGAUCAAAAUCAAAUGCUAUGCAACAUUGUCGCUGAAUAUAUUAAGAUGGUAUUUUCAACCACAUAGAUUGGUGUUAGACCAUAUUUGAGUAUACUGUAACUGCUUGUCAUCUUAUUUUCUAUGAUUUUUAUGAAAUAUUAGCGAAAUCCCACCUCCUCCACAAAUUAUUGUUUAUGCAAAGAUGAUUCAGCCCUUGAUUUGAGAAUAACUUGUAUUGAUGGAUCGCUUUGUUUUUUAGUGAUUCUAUAGAUGUUCAUGUAAGUUUGUAACUUUUGUGUGUAACAGGGGAUUGUACAAUGUACCAACAACAGUUGACUGAAUUAUUCAUAUCCCCCAUAAAUUUGAUGUUUUUUUAGUUUUUCGUAACUCAAGAACGAAAGGUGGACUGGUUGAAUUAGGGCCUUUGUUCAAUACAUUUAGAUGUAAGCUUUUAUGCAUCACAUUAUCAGGAAACAUAAACUGGGACAUAUUAAACAAUUACAAUACUUGGUAAGGUAUGAAUGUUAACUUGAUAUUGGUGGAUAAUUCUUAUGAAGGUUGUUAUUUGUGUGCAAAAUGUAACUGUGAGUAACUGCAGUAUUAUCAUUGCUUUUGUCAUAUUUCUGAGAACAUUCCAAAAGUGUGUUUAUUUUGGGAUAAUAAAGUGUGCAUAUGACAUCAAGUUUAUUUACUUUAUGAUCUGGGUCGUACUUUAGUCAUCUACAUGUACCUAUGAUAGUAUGCAUUAUGUUCACAAUCAAAUUUUCUUGUUAUUUUAGAGUGUGUUAAUGGGUCAUUGUUUUCUACCACAGGCGAACUCUUAAAAUUUAGUCACAUGGCGAACUAAGAUUUUAUAAACCGAUUGUAAAACAACAGAAUAUAUGUAGGAAAACAGAAUGGGACUAUAUAUAUGUUUACAUGUAAUAACAAUGCCCUAUAUUUUGUAUCAAGUUAUUUUUAAUUGCAGGGUUUGCCUGUGAAGAAGGUUCAUGUUUCGUGAAUGUUUUGCAUGUUAGGUCUCUUGUUUUUCAUGUCUUUUGUUUGUAAAUAAAUAAGUUUGUACAUAUUGUUUGUUGGGUGUACUAUUAUUGUAUGAAUGAAGAUGCAAUAAAACAAGGCCUUAUUCUGAUGGACCAGAUUGAA